AUGUGUUUUUCCCUCGACGAGUCUCCUUUGCAGUUUGGUGGGUUGAUUGAAAAGUUAAGGCCUUUUGAUCCUGGUGACACAAAGGGAUCAGCAAAAGGUGGGGAUGCAAAUUCAAAGAAAGAUGGUCAAUCAAGCCAAAAUGGUCAGCUUUACCCUGAUGAGCAGAUCCUCAAGUUCAAGAUCGAGCUUCUGAACAAGACCAACAAAAGUCUCCACCACACAGAAGACGCUCCCCAAGAUAUAAUAAUAUAUGGAGGAAGGUCUGCACCGCUCGUGACGUUCCUUUUGAACCCUAAUGUUGUCCAGGAGCUAAGAGGUGAUAAGCAAUUCAAUCUCCAGAUGCUGAAAGAAAGUUACCAGGUUGUGAUUUUAUGGGUCCAGACCAGAUUGAAUGUGGGAAUUACUCAGCAUAAACUUGUGCCUGAAGAAACUGUGAUGGUUAUUGACUCCCGCUGUGGUGAAAAAUUUUCAGUUUACAAGGGUUCUGGUAACGAUUCUAUUACCCAGCAGUUUGAUGCUUGUGCUAGCUGGUGGACACAGGGGCCAGAUCCUGCUUUCCAGGCUGAGCUAGCUAGAGAAAUGGCUUACACUGCUGCUAGGUUCGGGCAUGUUAUGUUCCCUGAGAAUGUAUAUGAACCUGCCUUGAAAUGUGAUGAGCUCUUGAUAGAUGGAGUGGGAAAAGGCUGGGCUUCUCGAGUGUACUUCUCAGAUAAUGGAUCCACAGCUAUCGAAAUUGCCCUGAAGAUGGCGUUUCGUAAGUUUUGUGUUGAUCAUGAGACCCUAUUGGAAUUUUCUGAGGGUAGAGAUGAGAAGAAACAUAUUGUGGUUAAGGUCCUAGCUCUUAGGGGGUCUUACCAUGGGGAUACUUUAGGAGCAAUGGAAGCACAAGCACCAUCACCUUACACAGGCUUCCUCCAGCAGCCGUGGUAUACUGGAAAAGGUCUGUUUCUGGAUCCUCCUACUGAUAUCCUCUUCAAUGGAGCUUGGAAUCUCUCUCUCCCUGAAUUUUUUGCUGAAAUAUCCCCAGAAGAAUAUGGAACCUUCAGCACUCGUGAUGAGAUUUUCGACAAGAGUAGAGACACAUCAACUCUUGCAACAACCUAUUUGGCCUAUGUAUCAAAACAGCUACAAGAGUAUUCUGGAAAUACACAAUCCGCCCAUGUUGGAGCACUGAUAAUAGAACCAGUGAUCCAUGGUGCUGGGGGAAUGCACAUGGUUGAUCCUCUCUUCCAACGAGUUCUGGUCAACGAGUGCAGGAACAGAAAAAUUCCAGUAAUUUUCGAUGAAGUGUUCACAGGUUUCUGGCAUCUUGGAGUAGAGACUCCUGCCGAACUUCUCGGCUGCAAACCGGACAUAGCUUGCUACGCCAAACUGAUGACUGGUGGAAUGAUUCCUUUGGCUGUAACUCUUGCCACAGAUGCUUUGUUUGAUUCAUUUUCUAGAGAUCCAAAGCUUCAAGCACUGCUUCAUGGUCACUCAUACUCAGCUCAUGCUAUGGGAUGCGCAACAGCCGCCAAAGCCAUCGAAUGGUUCAAAGAUCCAGACACUAACCAUAACAUCAUCCCACAAGGAGGAAUCUUAAGAGAGCUGUGGGAUGAAGAACUGGUGCAGCAAAUAUCAUGUCACAGUGCGGUUCAAAGGGUGGUUGUAAUAGGAACCAUUUUCGCUCUAGAACUUAAAGUAGAUGCUUUCAACUCCAGGUAUGCUUCGUUGUACGCAAAGUCUCUUUUACAGAUGCUCAGGGAAGAUGGAUUCUUCAUGCGGCCUCUAGGAAACGUUGUGUACCUCAUGUGUGGCCCUUGCACGUCUCCUGAAAUUUACCGGGAAUUGCUGUCUAAGCUCUACAUAAGGUUUGGAGAAUUUAAUAGGGCAUAGUACUCCACAUUGUUUUCAAUAUUGUAUUUAAUUAGAAAACAGUUUAUCCAUAAUUGUGUUCCAAUAUACAGAAGUCCAACGCCACAUAAGACUUAUUUACUAUAAUGUUAUCAAAAUUAUAUUAGAACAAAUUUACAAAAACAACAUAUAUACAUUCUAAGAA